UCAACUCUAAAUAGACGUAAGUUCUUGAGGAAAUUGUAUUCCUCCCUAUCAGAUCCUACAAUCUUAAAAAGUGAACUUUGCAGGAAACAUUCAACGGUAUUUGCCAAAAAGUGCAUAUCUCUAUUUACCGCAAAGACCGUAUCUUCCCGUCGGACAAUCAAGAAAAAUAGUUCAAAUUCUUUCCGAGCUGCGAUUGACACACUUAUUGGAAACUUGUGGUGGACUGGAUACUGAAGUGGAUUUUGAAUGGCAGGACACACUUUCACCAGGAGAACAGCAGAGGCUAUCAUUCGCUAGAAUUCUCUACCGUAAUCCUAAAGUAGCUGUGCUAGAUGAAGCCACAAGUAGCGUAGAUAUGGAAGACGAAAAAAUCAUCUAUAACCUACUCAAAAAGAAUAACAUCUCCUACAUAUCAGCCGGACAUCGUCAAACCCUCCUCCAAUAUCAUGACCUAGAACUAAAACUUGGACGAGAU